GCGCUGAUGUCAUCGCGCAGCGCAGUGUCGUCAGCAGUUAGAUCGGAACGUCAGCGCAGCGGUGUGUUGUGAGCAGAAACAGGUGAAAUCCGUCGUGCUCAGGUGUGUUCAGGUGUGACGUAACGUACUGUGAUGUACUACAAGCUGAACGGAGUGACGCAGCGGCUCACCGGAGCUCCCGCCGCCGCCUACAACCCGCAGGGUCUGCGUCCGGCGGCCCCGCCUGCCUCUCCUCCACUGAUCUUUGCAUCUCCGACUAAGCUGGUGUCAGAAGCAGGAGGUCAGGCGGAGUAUCUGGGAACCAAUCGUGUCCCCGAACUGCAGAAAGCCUUCCAGAGGUCGGAUGGCGUCCCGGUCCACCUGAAGCGGGGCCUCAUGGACCGGCUGCUUUACCGGAGCACCAUGGGUCUAACAGUCGGGGGGGUGCUGUACUGCCUGGUGGCACUCUACAUCGCUGCCCAGCCCGGCAACAAGUGAUGCUGCAGCGCUCUGAUUGGAUGAUAGACUUCUGAGAAAUGUUGAAGUGAUGAUGCUGAUGAAGUGUUCAGGGACAGUUGGAGGUUUCUGAUGAUGCGUUCAGCAACAGUUUGUACAGAAAAUCUUAUUUAGUGUGAAUCAAUAAAGUUUAUUUUGUUGUAAAAGAA